GGUCCGGUUGCGUUUAGCACGAGGAAAUAUAGGAAAUACUCUCAUUUUUACCAAAGUCUACUUGAAAAGUGUCCGUUUGUGAGCGGGAAUGUGUGCAGUGGGGUUCUUCCUCGCCGUGAGUGUGUUGUUUCCCGCCGCUAGAGCGCUGGACAACGGGCUGGCCCUGCAGCCCACCAUGGGCUGGCUGCACUGGGAGAGGUUCAUGUGCAACACCGACUGUGAAGCGGAGCCCGACACCUGCAUCAGCGAGCGUUUGUACAUGCAGAUGGCAGAUGUGAUGGUGAAGGAGGGCUGGAAAGAGGCCGGUUACGAGUACGUCUGUAUCGACGACUGCUGGCCCGCCCACGAGCGGGACGCGCAGGGCCGCCUGCAGGCAGACCCCAAAAGAUUCCCAGGAGGCAUCAAGAAACUGGCCCAAUAUGUGCACUCUAAAGGACUGAAGCUGGGUAUUUAUGCAGAUGUGGGUAAAAAAACGUGUGCUGGAUACCCGGGCAGCCUGGGCUCCUACGAGACGGAUGCUCAGACCUUCGCUGACUGGGGGGUGGAUCUGCUCAAGUUUGAUGGCUGCUUUUUGGACUGGACUUUGCUCGGAGAAGGCUACAUGAACAUGUCAAAAGCUCUGAACAAAACUGGAAGAAGUAUCUUGUACUCCUGCGAGUGGCCUUUGUACGAGUGGGCUUUCCAUAAGCCGAACUACACAGCCAUUCGUGACACCUGUAAUCACUGGCGCAACUCUGAGGACGUGUUUGACUCAUGGAGCUCCAUCAAAUCCAUCUUGGACUGGACUGCUGCUCACCAGGACGUCAUCGUCCCCUCAGCUGGACCUGGAGGCUGGAACGACCCCGACAUGCUCGUGAUUGGGAACUUUGGACUGACACACGACCAGCAGGAAUCUCAGAUGGCGUUAUGGGCCAUCAUGGCAGCUCCUCUGCUCAUGUCCAACGACCUCCGGGACAUUUGUCCUCGCUCCAAAGCGCUGCUGCAGAACAAACGUGUCAUCGACAUCAACCAGGACCCGCUGGGCAAACAGGGAUACCGCACUGUAAAGAUUGACGGUUUUGAAAUGUGGAAGAGACCUCUGUCAGAGAACCGCAUGGCUGUCGCUGUGAUGAACAGGCAGGAGAUCGGUGGGCCACGGCGGUUCCCCGUCGGCGCUAUACUUGGAUCUAAACGCUGUCAACCACAGUGCAACGUCACCCAAAUCUUGCCUCAGUAUAAAGAGCUGGGUGCUCAAACUGUGCUGAGUAAAACGGUGGUGACCGUGAACCCGUCGGGCACCGUUCUGCUGGUGGUCGCCCCCAUCAGCUCACACAAACUGCACUGCUGAGACAUCCGGGAAACCAGGACAUUACUCUGUACAUCUCUAAUCAUGUACCAAUGGGAUUUAUUUUUUUAUAAUUUUUGAAGUGACUUGCUUUUGUAAAAUGGUCUGUACAUUAAAAAAAAAAAAGGGAUAAAAUAUUCUUAAUUAUGAAGUUCACAUCACACCUGGGAAAUUUAAUUACAUUUAACUUAUCAAAAAAAUAAAUAUCCAAACUGGUUUGAGGAAGUUACUUACAGAAUAAAACAAACUCAACUCCAAAGCAUGUUUCAACCAAUUUAUUGAAAAUAGUGACAACCUCAUCCAAAAGAAUGGACCACAGUUUAGAACUGGAUGACCUGGCCCUGUAAGAGAAAAGAGAGAACACCAUGAGUGAGAACGUCUGAAGGGACACGUCAUUCUUCUGAGUUAUGAGCGGGUAUCAAGUUAGAAUAAAACAUGUAAUCCUCAAACAUGCACAGGACUAUAUAUAUAUAUAUAUAUAU